CACAACGUGGGUGGUUCAUGUCACUGUCAUUGGACUACUGAGAGAAAGCAUGUGAAAAUAACUCAACUUCUCUUAGCUUUAAGCGUUGCUUUUGAGUGCACGAACUGAUAAGUUUUGUUAAGCAAGAGAAAUAAUAAUAUGCUUAGAGCUCAAAAAAGAAAAAAAGAACAAAGAUGAGUCUUCCUUUUGAUUCUACUUCAUGUUUGGACGAUAUAGAAAUCAACUGUCACGUUAAACUUUUUCUCUUAUGAAACGAAAUAAGACAUGGGAGAUUGAAAGCAUUCAAGCAAGCUAACCUUAAAUGGAACAGUAAAUGCAGCCAGAACUUUUUUACAAUGUAAGAUAAAUAUUUGUUUUUAUUAAGGCACAAUUUUAAUACUCUCUUAAGCACCGUCGAGCACAAUUCCCCCAAAUGAAGAUAACUUAAACUGUAAUUCACAAAUGCUCAUAUUGAUUUUUCUGUAACAGCUUUUAUAAAUUCUCAAAGGAGUGGAAUUCGAUACAGAAAUCAAAGGGUUACCUGAAUAAGGCUGCAGGUAGAGAAUGAGAUAGGGAGACAAGAUACAGAUUCUCUAGGCAACCAAAUCACCCAAGCAUGAGGCCAUUUGCAAAAGGACUGAUGUGAUGUACAAAUCAUCCCUGCAUGACAGGUAAGUUUAUUAACAGCCAAACCCACAUAAGAAGUCUUGCGUAAAUUGAUAGCCACCACGACCCUUGCCAACUUUCAAGUAGUAAGAAUGUAUCAAUACAUUCUUAUUGUUUGUCCUAACAAUAACUUGGAUUCACACAAUAGAAUGUACGAUACAGAUGCAAACCAUGUCCUAACAUGAUCUGAAGAGGGGUGGAAUGAGUACAAGUUGCCUUUGUUUAGUUGUCUUCUUCUGUGUGGGUUUGGAGGGGGAGGGGGAUAAUGACCUCCAAAUUGAGGUACUGAAAUACAUAGCCCUUAAGAGUUCCCACUUGCUUCGCAAUCUUAGGUACUUUUGUGUGAAUCAGUGGCGAGCAUCAUCAUUUGUCUAGCAGGCAGUACCUAACAAAACUCUCUUUUUCCAAUUCUACUAGCACCCAAGAAACUAUCGUGAAGCACGAAGUGCAUCAGAAGCAGCUAAUAAACAAAGGGAAACAUCUAGCAAAUGUGACCUGUGCCACCAAAUCAGCAGUGUAUUGCAGCACACUGAUUUGCCUCAUAGUGGAGGUAUGAUAUUUCCAAACGGAAAGAAAGAAAAGGCAUUGCUGUGCGUAGGGAUAGACUCCUACAAAUGAUCAAUCCUCUAUCAAUGGCAUGCAUCAUUUCUCCCUUCCUAAAAAUAAACACUGGCAUGCCUCAAUUCCAGUCAUACAAGUCUAAAAGCAAGUAGCUAUGGAGGUUUGUGUGCCCCCUGCCAUAAGUCUAUUGUAUGUCAGAAAGAGAAAGAAGACGAAAAUAAAGCUAACACAUAAAGAGAUGAGAAUAAAUAUAACUAACAGUUAGUGACAGAAUAUUUUCAGAAGAAAAGGUAAUGGGGACCCCACCAACAUCAGACUUAGCACACUAGAUUUUGAAUUGUACCCUCCACUAUAUAUUUGGGUGCCCCAGUUCAGUUUAGGAGCCAAGUUAAACAAAAUCGUAAACUUCUCUUGCUAAUAGAAACCAUCUAGAACCAUUUUCAGUACCAUGCCUGUCAACUGUGUUGCACCAAAACCAGAGUAUGAGAGCAAAGCCCCAGGGGAAGGUUUGUCAGGGAAGAAUGAACCCAGUAAUGCGGCCGUGCUUGCCUACCCACAAACAGCUGAGACACAAUCUGUCAUCCAACUCAGAGUAUUCCCCAUAGCUUUGAAGUUUGAGGAGGUGGUCUACAAAGUUAAACUGGAAUCGAAAGGAUCAUGCUGGGGAGGUACAUGGCACGGUAAAGAGAAAACUAUACUGAAUGGGAUAUCAGGAAUGGUUUGCCCAGGAGAGAUCCUGGCUAUGUUGGGUCCAUCAGGCAGUGGUAAAACCACCCUCCUUACAGCCCUCGGAGGCCGGCUCAACGGGAAGUUGUCAGGAAAGAUCACAUACAACGGACAGCCGUUUUCUGGUGUCAUAAAGCGGCGCACAGGGUUUGUAGCCCAAGAUGAUGUUUUGUAUCCACAUCUAACUGUGACUGAAACUCUCAUGUUCACUGCACUGUUAAGGCUUCCCAAAACUUUAACCUGGGAAGAGAAAGCCCAGCAUGUGGAGCAGGUUAUAAUUGAGCUGGGAUUGACUCGCUGCAGAAACAGCAUGAUAGGUGGCCCACUGUUUAGAGGAAUAUCAGGAGGAGAGAAGAAGAGGGUGAGCAUAGGACAAGAGAUGCUAAUCAACCCGAGCUUACUACUACUAGAUGAGCCUACAUCAGGUUUGGACUCAACUACAGCUCAGAGAAUUAUUACAACGGUCAAACGGCUAGCUGAUGGGGGCAGAACAGUAGUUACCACCAUUCACCAGCCUUCAAGCCGAUUGUACCACAUGUUUGAUAAGGUAGUUUUGCUCUCUGAGGGAUCUCCAAUCUAUUAUGGUCCUGCAUCAGCUGCCUUGGAUUACUUCUCCUCCAUCGGUUUCGCCACAUCCAUGACCGUCAAUCCAUCUGAUCUCUUACUUGAUCUCGCCAAUGGUAUUCCUCCUGAUAGGAAUGGAGGUGAUCAAGGUGAGAACAUGGAAAAGGAGCAGAAGCUGGUGAGGGAAACUCUUAUUUCUGCUUACGAGAAGAACAUUUCAACAAGUCUAAAAGCGGAGCUGUGCAAUCUGGAUGUCAAUAGCUUCAGCUACAUAAAAGACACCCCUGCAAGAAAAAAUACCAAUUCAGAGGAGUGGUCUACAAGCUGGUGGCAUCAGUUCAAGGUGCUAUUUCAGAGGGGAUUGAGGGAGCGGCGCUUUGAAUCAUUCAACAGGCUGAGAAUUUUCCAAGUCAUCAGUGUUGCAGUACUUGGCGGGCUCCUCUGGUGGCAAACCCCAACAUCUCACAUUGGGGACCGAACGGCAUUGUUGUUCUUCUUCUCAGUGUUUUGGGGCUUCUACCCUCUCUACAAUGCAGUUUUCACAUUCCCCCAAGAAAGGAGAAUGCUGAUCAAGGAGCGGGCAUCUGGAAUGUAUCAUCUAUCAUCCUACUUUCUAGCCAGAACCUUUGGUGACCUGCCAUUGGAGCUUGCACUCCCUACAGCAUUUGUUUUCAUAAUCUAUUGGAUGGGAGGCCUUAAACCUGAUCCCAUAACUUUCAUACUGUCCCUGAUUGUGGUUCUCUACAGUGUCCUGGUCUCCCAAAGUCUAGGAUUAGCAAUUGGUGCUAUUCUUAUGGACAUAAAACAAGCCACUACACUGGCAUCCGUUACAACCCUGGUCUUCCUCAUUGCUGGUGGGUACUACGUGCAACAGAUACCUCCGUUUAUUGUUUGGCUCAAGUACUUGAGCUACAGCUACUAUUGCUACAAGCUUCUUCUUGGAGUGCAAUACAAAGAAGAUGAUUACUAUGAGUGUUCAAAGGGAGUCUUGUGCCGGGUUGGAGAUUAUCCUGCCAUCAAAUCAAUGGGGCUGGACAAUUUGUGGAUGGACGUGUGCGUUAUGGCUUUGAUGUUGGUAGGUUAUCGACUCAUUGCAUACUUCGCACUUCAUCGAGUACAGUUGAGGUGAGUUUAGCAAUGCUUCGCUUCUACAAGGAAGACACUUUGACGAGUUUUCUCAUCUUUCUACAGAGAAAUAAUGUUAGAUGUAGGUUCGAGGCCAAGGUUCGAAGAUUUUGAUGAAUUUUUCCUCCUAGUUAAUGGAUGGUCAGACCUAUCUGUCAUACUUGGGAUCUCAUAAUCCUAACUUAGGCAUAUUGAUAUCAAAAUUAAACAUAUUAAGAUUUAAGAUACAGAUGUAACAAGCACAUCUCAUGUUGCUGGCAAAGUGAGGGGGGAAAGGCAGAAAGUGAUUGGACAUUGUCCUCAAAAAAUAUUCCAUAGAACU